AGAGAGAGGGGGGCCUCGAGCGUUGCGCCUGCGCAGUGCGCGGAAACGGAGGCGAGAGACCUUCAGCUUGACAAGGAGGGACGGACGGACGGAGGCCGCCGCCUUGAGGUGCACAUAGCAGAACUAGAGGAGAGUCCUUCUGUAGGUUCAUGUUGAGAACUUAAUGAUUUAGGAGCUAAAUUGUGAAAUAAGAAGUCUGCAACUAUGUUCAGCUGUUCUCCACCUAGACCCUCAGACCCCAUGGCAAUCCCACCAGUUUACUGUGACCUUGGAAAGUCUGCCAGGGAUAUAUUCAACAAAGGAUAUGGGUUUGGCAUGGUCAAGUUAGAGUUGAAGACAAAGUCUUCCAGUGGAGUGCUGGAAUUUAUCACCAUGGGUUCUUCAAACACAGACACAGGCAAAGCCUCAGGGAACCUAGAGACCAAAUAUAAGUUCAAGGACUAUGGACUUACGUUUGCCCAGAAAUGGAACACUGACAACACUUUGGGGACAGAGCUGACCAUGGAGGACAAGUUGGCUGAAGGGCUGAAACUGAACCUUGAAACCAUGUUUGUACCGAACACAGGGAAGAAGAGUGGGAAGUUGAAGACAGCCUACAAGCGAGAAUAUAUAAACCUAGGUUGUAAUGUUGACAUUGACCUCUCUGGACCAACCAUCUAUGGCUGGGCUGUAUUGGGCUAUGAAGGCUGGCUUGCUGGCUAUCAGAUGGCUUUUGACACAGCCAAAUCCAAGCUAUCACAAAAUAACUUUGCACUAGGAUACAAGGCAGCAGACUUCCAGCUCCACACAAACGUGAAUGAUGGCACUGAGUUUGGUGGAUCAAUCUAUCAGAAAGUGAGUGACAAGGUUGAAACAGCUGUAAAUCUUGCUUGGACUGCAGGCAGUAAUAAUACUCGGUUCGGUAUUGGCACCAAGUACCAGCUGGAUGAUAAAUCUUCUGUCUCGGCCAAAGUUAAUAAUGCCAGCCUCAUCGGACUUGGCUACACUCAGACCCUACGACCUGGUGUGAAGUUGAGCCUCUCAACUCUGAUUGAUGGCAAGAAUUUCAGUACUGGCAGCCAUAAAAUUGGGCUGGGAUUUGAGCUGGAAGCUUAACAUAAAUUUUGAUGAAGUUAUUAGAUCUUUAUUUGGAAGAUGAAGGAGAAAACAAACCCCACAUGUUUUGGCCUUAAAACUCUUCUGUGAAACUUCAAAGUGUGAACUUGAUAUUCUUCCAAAGAAUUGUUGUAACCCUGACCGUCGAAGUCUGGAGAGUGCUGAUCCACCGUGAAGGGCAAUACUUGAAGGCAUGCAUGGAAGUUGUAAUGGUUGUGCUACAUUUCAGUUCAGUUCCUCGGUUACUUUAAAAUGUGUUCCUCAGAAGACAGCAUAGCAUCUGGUGGAAGGAAAGACCCCCUCAAUCCUUCUGUAUUGUCACAUUACAUCCUGCAUGUCCUACACCUCAUGACCUUUUGUAAAACUGGUCUCUGUGCUGUAGUGGAAACUUUGGUUUUGCAUCAAAGUGGAAAUAAAUCAAAUCACAUUUGGAACCUA